AUGAAAUUCUCCUUGACUGUCACAUUCCAUAAAUCUAUCUAUCUAUCUAUCUAUCUAUCUAUCUAUCUAUCUAUCUAUCUAUCUAUCUAUCUAUCUAAUGGACUCUCCCGUCGUCAACUUACUCUCCUUUCAGCAACUGUAGUCCACUUAUUCUCGUCUGAGCAACUGCAGUUCACUUACACUCCUCUCAGCAUCAGUAGUCCAUUUAUUUUCCUCUCAGCAACUGCAGUUCACUUACUAGCCUCUCAGCAACUACAGUCCGCUUACUCGUCUCUCAGCAACUACAGUCCAUUUAUUCUCUUCUCAGCAUCUUCCAUUUAUUCUUCUCUCAGCAACUGCAGUUCACUAACUAGCCUCUCAACAACUACUGCCCACUUACUAACCUCUCAGAAAAUACAGUCAACUUACUCUCCUCUCAGGAUCUGUAGUUCACUUAUUCUCCUCUCAGCAGCUACAGUCUACUCACUCGUCUCUCAGCAAGUACAGUCCCCUUACUCUCAGCCUCUGUAG